AUGUCCCGACCGAAAGGCGUUCAUUUUGUCGUGAACGACACGAUAUCCGACAUACAGUCGUCUGUUGGUGACAUUACCUCCGAUUUUGCUCAGGGUUCGCAGGGGUCGCUGCAGUUCAUCAACGCUCAGCUGCUCGCGCAUGGCUUCAUCUACGGAAGCCCGCUUUCUCUGGAUGGACUUGGGAGGGAGGACGAGGCGAGAGUCGUCAAAUGCUUGCUCGGCAUGUUGAGCUGCAGGAUUGAAGACAUGGCUCGGACGGAGGAGCUCACUACCAAGCUCCGCACUCUCUCGUACGACUACGAACGCUUGACUUCGAAACACAAGGAAGUAUCCGAUAAAGCCGCCAAUGCAGAGCGCGAAGUGAACGUGUUCAAGUCCCGGCUAGCAACAGCAAAUCGGUCGCUGCAGCAAUCCGAGUUGGCACACAAGCAUGCUGACGCCGAACUCUCGCGCACACGCACCGCAAUCCAGGCGCUUCGGUCCCAGCACCAGCUCGAGAUUAAGAAAAAAGAACGCGAGUGUGAGCGCAUGGUGGAGCGCUGGUCCAAGCUGUCCGACACACAACUGAAGAUCGGGAGUCUCCCCGGAACCCUGAACGCCCCAAAGUGCGCAAAUUCGCUCGUGGCCGAUCCUGCGAAGAUCCUGUGCUCGACCGACAGCCUCAUGGAGAGCGCCCUGGGAGAUGCGGAGGCCGCGCGAAGGGGCCUUGCUCGCGAGAACGAGCAUCUUCGCGAGUUGACAAUGCAAACUGCCAAGAACGUCCAGGAGAUGAUAUAUGCAUGCCAGGCCAAGGCGGUGGACGAGGGCAGUUCUCACAUGGACGUCGAGCAGAUAUCGCAUAUUUCGCAAACGGAGCUCUUCCCGUUGACGCCACCAACGCCGGAUGCGGCGUCAGCCAAACUGACAGAUCUGUUUGUCUCGUUACGGAACGCCAUCUCCUCAAUCAACUUGUUGGCCUCGUCUUCAUCACCUGCGGCUGCGCAAGCAACAUCAGAGCGCAAGCCAGCCCCCAACGCCGACCGAUCAGAGGCUAUCGUGGCGAAGCUGACCGCCGAGCUGGAAGUCACGCGCAAGCAGGCGCAGGAAUAUGCCGCGCAGACGCAGGCGCUCAUCUCCCAGCUAGCCGAAGCGCAAUCCGAAUCCGACCUUGCCGGUCACCUCCCGCCAGAGCAGGCCGCGCACGAGAUGUCGGUGGAUUUGAUAACGGCCCCAGUGGUGGACGAGGAGAAGAUCAUGCUGGAGGACAGGGUGAAGGAACUGGAGGAGGAGAGGAGGCGAUUUACGGAGAAGGCGGUCAGGUUCGGGAAGGAGAGGGAGGCGCUCAGGCGGGAAAGAGAGGAGCUUGAAGAAGAAAAGAGGAGGUUGCGGGUGGAGAAGAUGCUGGACGUUUUACCGCCCACGCCCGGACAUAAGGGUGAGGGGGACAAAGACGGUGUGUCGGCGUUGAAGGUAGAGAAGAAAGCGAAGAAGACGGAGAAGCGGGAGCAGGAUGUAGGAAAGAGGCCCCAGCGCACGGAUCGGAUGCCCCAGCCGGGGCCGUCGAGGGUCAAAGACAUCGUCGAGGCAGGUCCUGGAGAUCUUGCCGCUGUUCCCAAAAAGGAGAAACGCAAGCAAGGGCACGGGUCACCCGCGAAGAAGGUGCGCUCGCCCGUGCGCGUAGGCGCGGGGGGCAAGAAGUCUCGUCAUGGCAGGCGGAGUUCUAUGGGAUUGCUAAACUUACUAUCACCAACCAAAGGCAAAAUAGUUCCGCCGUUCGAGACGGAGGUUAUACCGCCGCCGUCGUCUAAACCCGCAGGGCCGCUCGUGCCAGGCGCCUUCGUCCUCCCGCCAAAGAGUCCGCAAUCGAGUUUGCCGCCAGGACCGUCCGGGAUAUUCUCAAUAGCAGCUCCUUCAAACCCGGCACCGAUGGACGUACAGCCGACAGCAUCAAAACCGUUCAUUGGUCUCGGGUUGCCCGCGUUCGAGUUACCGAAGAUGUCUUCGAUGAUGACAAUGCAGGCCGAAGCUGGCCCUCCUAACAAUCCGAUCGCGCCUGUGCCCUCUCAAGCUCCUCCUACGUUAGCUCCGCCCGCCCAAGCACAACCUCAAAUCACCCCCUCGCGAAACCCCGGCGGCUUUCCUAUGGCCAAGCCCUUCGCCCCGCACAUGAUACACGCAUACUCGCCCGCAAAACCGAGUCCAUUGAGUCGGAUCUUGAUGCUCGCGGAUUCGCCAACCGAUGCCAUGGGCGGCGGUUUGGACGCGGUGAUGGAAACCGAUGAGAGCGCGGAUGGCGGCGUCGUGGAGGAAAGUCCGACUCCCGCGCCGCCGAUGGAGAGCGUGAUCGAGGCGAGGCAGAAGGGCGCGGAGAAGGACGCCCGCGGCGGAGGGCUGAAGCAGGUGCAAAUGCUGAUGAACAAGGUGCUGGACGAGGAGAGCCCGCUGAGGGACAAGAAGACCGAGUGGAAUCACGCGCCGUCCAAGGAGAGGGAGAAGGAAAGAGGGAUCGAUAAGGAAAAACCAGGCCGGAGGCUGACGGCGCAGGAGAAGGGCAAGGGCAAGGCUUCGGCUGCGUCAUCGACGACCGGGACUGCGAAGACGUCCGCGCCUGCGACGAACAGCAAGGCCGGGUCCGCAGUCGUUGGUGAGAAGAGGCCAAGGGAGAAGGAGAACGGCGCGGCGAGUAAGAGGGCUAAAGCUGCGGCUCAGGCAUCCGCUCAACCUACGCGGUCGAGCUCGAGGAUGGCUAGUCGAGCGGGUGCUGCCAUCGCCGCAGCGUCCAAGCCCAGUAUCGCUGGACGACCGGGGGGCGCCAAGCGUGUGCCCGUCGCGGAUUUGCCUCCAGAAAGCUUGCCUACGAAAGGACCGGGUCGGAAGUGACGACGGCGACAUGUGCGAGUCGGGUCGCAUUAUCAAGACCACGUUGCUUUGGAACCCGCGCACCGGAUUCACGGCGCAAAAGCCAAUCGCCAGGUUGCCUAUCCUGAACAGACGCCCGUGAACUCCAGCACGGCCCUGGAGGGCUUGGCGCGGAGGUCGGCGGAACUGCGAGGCUGUCGCGCUCGUAUUUUUGGACACCCUGCAGCUUUCGCGCCUUGCAGGUACGGGUAUGGCAGGCGCAGAGGACGUGCGGUGAUGUCAAUCUGCUUCCGGGGAUUCCGCGAGCGCCAGAACGGACGGAUGGUGUGGGAUACGACGUGCCUAUCGGACUCGGACUUUCGGCUUCGACGACGCCAGCCGCGGUUCCCCUCCGCCUUCUGGCGGUGUACGAACCAUGCAUCUGCCUCAUGAUCAGUGCGGCAUGUACUAUUUUGUAUAAGGACCAGCUUU